AUGAAUGCAUUCACUGAAAGUGUGUCUGGUUACGUGCAAUGUCAAAGUCAUGUGUUUCGCGUGAAACAUCACAAUGUCAUUCUGCUCAAGUUGACCCAGAGAAAGAACUGCUUUUGUCGCCCAUUCAAUCAUUUGCUGAUACGUUGGAAUAAUGCCACUGAGACCGAUGAGGAGAAAUUGGCGCGGACUGUGUUUGUUCGCCAGUGCUCUGUUGGGUGUUCCGUUCAAGUGGAUGGCCUGAAGAAGAAUGUAAUCUAUAAGGGACAGCGGGACCUUGGUUCCUUCUAUCUCAUUCUUUCCUUCCAGCACCGGGAACGUCCAGUGCUGCUGUUUUCACCCCACAACUCUAAGGUGGUGAAUUUGCCGGAAUUCGAACCAUGCCACCCCGUAAAGUGUCCCUCUUGGCCAGUCUGUUUGAUACGUCAUCUCACUUGCCAAAUUGUCCGAGUGAAUUCCAAUGGAACAUUACUACAAGUCUCAGCAACAAAACCUGGGGCACCCGUCUCCAGUUAUCUUUGUGUGUAUGCUGUCGGUUCCCGAAGUCGGUCACUCCUUCCCGGUCGAAGUUUGAGUCUGCAUAAUGUUUGGGGUGUCCCUAUCCCAAAAGAACGGUGCCCAUUGAUUACCUCUCCUCAAGACAACAAGUUUCUCCGUCUAUGUGAAGGCGUCAUUAUUGUUGGAAUGUAUUCCACUUGUUUCGUUUCGUCUUCGGUCGGCGUUCUUCGACCUAUAGAAAAUCAGCUUCCAUACACCGAAGAGACACUUUCAAUGCCCCCACUUUUAGCCAAGUCGUCUAUAGACGUCCCACGGUUAAUAGGAGAUUUCACGGCUGCACUAAUUAACGAAAAUCGCGGACAGCUGGAGUCAACCAGCACGACUUCUACGGAACCCGGUUCCUUGCAUUUGGACAGACUACUCGCGUCUAUUAAACAGUCGGAACAUGUACCACAAUAUGCUGAGGAGUUCAUCACCUUCCCUCGUUUGCUGCCUCAGCCCACUCUUCCAAAUACUGCCCCAUAUGAACACAAGAACUGGAUUACCUUGACCGAACUCGCCGCCAUAUCGCAAGUGGUCAAGUCGUCGCCAGUUUUUAACUCGAGUACUGCGAGGAUGCACUUGCCAGAUGGACACAGUCAGUUGAUUAGCACAACCACCACACACUCUUAUGUGUCGAACUGUUUAGUAUGGCACAGUCGCCUUGUGAAUAUUAGGCUGAUGACGGACCAUGUACUGGACGCAGCUAACAAUACUUGGGUGGCAGAAAGCUUGAAUGCUGCUCCUCAACCUCAAGCGAACCUACCAAAUAACUGUGCACUGGUUGGACGUCUUUGGUGGGACUCAUCGGAGAGCUGCUUUCAACUGACACAACCGCAUACCAGUGCCUUGGGUGUUUUGUCGCCGUGCUUUAAUGAGAUUGACGGAAGCUCAGUUAUUUCAAUUCCCGUCGUUUUCCCACGUGUGUACCACGCCUUGCCUGUUCAUUCGCCUUUACCUAGUGAUCAAACAAUGGUGGCUCUACUAGACUGGCGACUAACUUCUGAAAGCGUUUCGUCCAGGGACCCAACACGACCAUCUAUGUCUAAGCAAUUCAUAGUGGCGACGGGGUGCAUUGCGUUGGAGCUAGACGUUGAACUCGAGGAAAGUACCGCUUCCAGUGGGUUGCCACCUCUCACCCGUCGGACAGUUAAGAUCGCAUCUCUCGGCUUACCGCUUCGAAGCAGUGGUCCAGACAUAAGGGACACAGUUUGCUACCCUCUCCAAUACCGACUGCCGAAUGAAGAUACUGAUAAAAGUAUGCUUUUGUCAGGCCCUGUCGCUCUACGUUGGUAUUCAACUCUCCGGAUGGGUGCAUUCUAUCAAUUAUGCUCUGAGGGGCUCAACGAGAGCGAGCAACGGUUACUGUCUAUAGUGUUGGAGAAUACGGAAGAGUCACUGUUACCUACUUGUGAGCACUUGAUAUCUCCUAGUCAGGUUUGUGAUGUGAUUCGCAACACCCAAACUACUUUGGGGUCAAUAUGCAAAACAAUCGUUCUCCGUGGGACUGUGGUCCACAAGUUCCAGGCAGUUGGUGGUUGGUGUCUUUGGCUCAUGGAUAACACGGUAUCUGAUAACACUCCGGAUGAGUUCACUCCAGACGCUGUAAUUCAGCUUUAUCUGCCUUUUGAAGAAAUUUGGAUACAUGCCCUUUGUACUUUAUGGCCGUUUGUUUGUAUCCGAGUUUACGGCGUCCAUAUCUUCCAAACAACGGAAACAAGUGGUGAUGCCUUCCGGCUGAUCGCAUCGUCACUAUCACGUGUUGAAGUUGAGAAACGAACAGGCACCUUUCCCUGCAGUAAUGCCAGUUCCUCGCCAACUGUGGCACCACAACAACAAUCCUGUUCACAGUGUAUUCGAACCUUUCGCAGUACGAGUGUCCUAAAUACACUUCUCCCAUUGACUUGGUUGACCUGCAUUCUGCAUGAUGAAAACAACCCGACGGACGGAACAGUUCGUAUUCGAGGGAACAUUGUUGGUGCGUGGAAAUUCGUGUGUCGCCGGACAGUCGAGGAAGCCACCUCUUCCGACCCAAUUUCCAAGUGCCUAAAACCCGUCACGCCAUCCUUCAGCAUUUCGCUAUGCUUCCUGGUGAGUGAUGGAAGUGCCAGUGCUGUCGUGUCCCUAGGACAGAAACAUCACGGUAGAUCAACCGCAGAAUCUAAUGAACUUGCCCGUGUGCUGUUUGGACUCCCUCAAACAACGUGGACUCGUUUAUGUGCUCAGUUACAAGAUACCAUAGAGCGAGACGAAACCGCACCUAAUACAACUCGCGGUGGAUAUAUUUACGUGAAACUUUCUCAGGAAAAUAGAUUCCCCACUCAGCUCAGUCCUUUGGAGUUUGCUUUGCACACUUAUUUGAGUUCCCCUUCAUUUAUACGCCCACAUAUCUUUCACCUGAGAUGCACAUCCCCCAGAAACACAACUUGCUCGUGGCGGUUGAAAGAAGUGCAUUUGACAGGAACCAGCGCAAUUAGUGGAGCUGCUCGUUCAGAAAAGGUUCAUUUUGUCUUACCCCCAUUCCCCACAUUCACUCUCGUCGGUUUGGAACCCUAUUGA